AUGGUGGGUGGAGUUAUAUAGAGAGAAAUAACAUGAGCUUUAGUUCGAUGGCUAGUACUUAGUUCCUUACUGGUCACAGUUUUUUACCACAUAGUGGUCUCAUCUAGUUGUAGGCAUUUUAAUGACAAGAAAGAGAAACAGAAAUUACUAUUUCAGCUAGACUUUGGGAUAAGAAAAACAUAGAAAACAACAAUGAUCAACAUUUUAAUAUGCUUCGGUGUUGUCUUGAUUCUCACUGACGGAUCUUCAGUGAAAGUUUAUCCAGGAGGAAACACAACACUGCCCUGUAGCACUGAAGAUGAUAGAGAGAUUACUUGGAUCAUUACAAAUGGAAACCAAACAUUUGUCAGAAUUCUGAAGCUUGAAUAUGUUGAAGGGAAUCAAUCUAAACCAGAGCCAAUUCAUAUUCACCCCAGUUACGCAGGUCGAAUAAAAGCUCUCAGUUCAUCCACAAACACUCACUCUCUGCUACUGAUGAACAUCACUGACACUGAUCUCAUGCUCUACUGCUGCACUGAAUGCAUGUUAGAGCAAACUCACUGCACAAAACUGGACUAUGAAGAUGAGAGCCCUGGAGAUGUAAAGCAGCAGGAUACAGAGAAUAUCAACCAACUGUCCACAUGUGGUUCCAGCUUGUGGCUGGCUGUUGUCUGUGCGCUUAUUUUAGUGUCACUGGUGUUAAAUGCAUGUGUGUGCUGGAGAAGAAAAAAACACAAAACAGGAAAUAUAAAGAAAGUGAACAGAUGUGAAAAAGUUGAACAGGGGAAUGAAGUUGAUGAGAUUUCAUACGCAUCUGUGAAUAUAAUCAAAGCACAAAAAAUCAGGGGAAAACAUCAACUCACACAGGACACAGUGUAUGCAAGGAUUAAAUGA